GCGGUGAGGGCAGAGCCGGGCCGGGCUGAGCCGGGACUGCCGGGGGGCUGUGGGGGACGAGCGGGCUGAGCCGGGGCUCCCUCGGGCCGGGGGCUGAAGGGCUGUGUGUAGAGGACGGGCUGUGUGUACAGGACCUGCUGUGUGUACAGCGAUGCUUCUGCGAGCCUCACGCAGCUGUAAUGGAGUGACACCGCGUCCCUCGGUGAGGUGAGGUGUGCGAGCAGCUCCGAGACACGAAAGGGAUUAGAAAGCCCAAGAACUGUCAGGAGGAGGGCGAUAUCCCGGUCUGAGGGUGUUUGGGACACUGAGGAUUUUUAGUGCCAUUGAGACCCUGUUUCUGCCCUGACAUGGAUGAAGUUCAGUCAGCCUCCACAGACAUCACUGUUGCUAGGAAGACCUUCAGGAAAAUACCAAGUGUCCUUUUGGGCAGCCUCGUGGAGGAACCUAAAAACAGACGUGCUGUCCCCAAUCACCUGCUGGAAUCAAAGAUUUAUUCAGCAUUUCAGAGGAGCAAGGUUGUACGGGCUGAGCCUGCUGUGCUACACUAUGGAGGGUAUGAAGUUGGAAAACAUCACCAACAGACACUGAAGCUGACAAAUAUUUCUGCCAAUGCAAUAAACCUUCACAUAAUACCACCCCAGACAAUGUAUUUUCAGAUCAAAUACAGCAAAGCACACCGGCUUGUCCCUGGUUUGUCUUAUGUGGUGACGGUUGAUUUUUGUCCUGAUGAGUGGCGGUAUUACUAUGACUGCAUCCGGAUUCACUGCAAGGGAGAUGAUAACUUGGUUGUUCCCAUGCAUGCUUAUCCUGCUAUGAAUGUUGUAGAAUUUCCAACAUUCAUAAAUCUGUCUGAUGUAUCAAUUGGUCAGAGUAAGGAGUAUGUUAUCCCGUUGCAGUGCAGCUGUCCAAUAGAUUUUGAAUUCCACAUUGAUAUUAUUCAGCCUCACAGAGCCUUCACUGUCCAGCCAACAUUUGGAAUCAUUCCAGGCAAUGAAAAAGUGAAAGUAACUGUGAAAUAUUCCCCACUUGAGUAUGGAACAGCACAAAUGGCAAUGCAGUUACGGAUUUCAGAGUUUCGCUCGAAACCCUAUGUGUGUGUAUUCACAGGAACGUCAACACCACAUCUGGGUCUGAUAAAAGAACAUUUUGACAAACAACAAAGUCAUCCAGCAAAAAAAGCUGGGUCUGCAGGAAAAUUCAUGGUGUGGAGAAGAGACCAAGUCAGCCAACCACGAUCAAAGCCUAUUCAAAAGGUAAAGGAAAUUGAAUACCAGAACCUCAGAUUCCCCACAGACUUGUCAAAUCCGUAUGCUGUAGCUACUGUUUUGAUGCAGGAACCAGGCAAAUUGAAGAUUAAGGACUUAAAAGAAGUCCUAUCCCAAGGUAGAGAAGGGGUAAAAACCAGACAGAUGAAGGAAGCUGUAUUUCAAUUAAAAGUCAAACAAAAUGUUGAGGAAGAGGAAGCAAAUCAUCUAAAGUGGCAGGUUCAUAAGGGAGAAGAUCCAGUCUCUGAGGAAUUUAAAAAAGAGAUUAUUGAAAGACGACAAAGGGAAGAAGAGCAAUACAAGAUCCAAAGAGGAGACCCUAUCAUAGAACAGGAAUUUCAAAGGAAUGAAGUAGAAGUUUCCUUCAAACGUGUUACCCAGCAUGUUGGCCAGCAUCCAAGUGUCCAACCCACAUUUGACUUGCUCCGUAAUGACCCCUGGGACAACAGAAAGAGGAUGUUAAGGAAAUUCCAACAGGCAGCAUACAAGAUUUUGAUUCAGGCUCGGCUGAAUCGUUUAUUGCUUCUGUUCCGUGGACUGACCAGCGAGGCCAGAGGUCAGGAGGAAGGGUCUGUGUCUGAAAACAGGAGUUUCAGCAAAUCAAAGAAGAGUGAAGAAUGUAAGGGCCUUUCUUCCAGCAUAUCUGAAGAUCUUAUAUUGCCUUUUGAAUUCCCCUUUUGCAGUUCCCAUGAACAAAAUGAUGAUUUGGCACCUGAUGCUCUUGGCCUAGUUCCUGUUGGAUCUGUGGAUGUGACAGUCAGACAUAUUCUUCCUUAUUAUGACUUGAAGGCUCCUCAGCAUUCCAACAUUAUGAAGUAUCAACCUUUCUGUACACACUAUGCAGCCACAAGUUACAAACCUCGAGAACUUUCCCGGCCACUGAGGCAAGGAGCCCAGGAUGAAUUGAUUCAAGUAGCUCCUUCUGCUGAGGGGCAGCUUGACCUGGUCUUCCAGAGGACAGACUUUUACAAACCAUCCCCAGGAGAGGAUUUUUACAAACCAUACUCAGAAGAGGAUUUUUACAAACCAUCCCCAGGAGAGGAUUUUCACAAACCAUCCCCAGGAGAGGAUUUUUACAAACCAUCCCCAGAAAAAGUAGCAGAAAGAGAUAUCAGCCUCUUAAAACUGGUUCCUCCCCGAGCUUUAGUCUACCCUGCAGAGAGCAGCCCACUUCGCAUUUUUAACCCUGCUCCAGGAUUAGUUCCAUUUUUACUUCCAUUGCCCUAUUGUGAAUCAAAUAUUGAAUAUCAUCUUUGUCCUCAUCCAAAAUACACCUUUACCAAGGAAUGCCCCAAAGGAUCCAGUAUUCCAAUCACACAAAAGAAAUUUCUGCAUCACAAGGAAGUGAUUUCUGGAGUAAUGGAAUGGAGGAAAUUCUCACCAUUGGUGUAUUCCACUUUUUCUAACAUUCCCACAUUGACAAAUACAGCACCUAGGGAUCCUUACAGUUUAGAUAUGCUUCCAAGAGAUGUACCACCAGUGCUGUCUGACUUACCUGAGAGAGACAAGGAGAACGUGAUUGAUCAUGAGACAGAUGAGGCUGAGUUUGAAAUGAUUCUUACUCCAGAGAUGGUGAGGGCUGAAUUUCCACAGAUUGGUCAGGCACUCACAGAAGAAGACGAAGAGGAAUCAGCAAAAGAAGAAAGUAAUACAGUGCUGGAUGAUGCUUCUCUUGGAGACCUGCACAACUAUCCGGAUGGACAUUUUCAACCCCAAAACAAUGAGCUUGGAGAAAGGAUUCAAAAACAUGUGGAGACAAUGAAGCUGAAAGCUCUUAAUAAAACCCUUGUUCUGGGAUAAGAGUAAUUUUCCAAAGCCCAUGGCUUGGCACUGCUUAUCCUGUUAAUGUACAAGUCCUUCUAAAUCCCAGCUACAUUUACUUUCGUUCAUUGAGGUCAGCAACUUCUUGUGCCAAGAGAACUGCCAGUAAUGCCACCUCUGUCAAGGUCUCUCACUGUGCCCAUUACACCAAACACAAUAAUUACUCCAGUGAGAAACCUCAGCCUUGUACCUGUUCAUUUUGUUCUGGUAUGAAGGACUAGAAAACCUCAGUACUACCAUGUAAUUUUGGUAAUUAAUUUACAGCCCACUACUUUCAAAUAAAAUGUGAAAAGACCUCAUGACCAAA